AUGGACCGUGAUGGAGUGAUGGGUCAGCCGGCAGACUCGACGACACUGCAUGACUUGGCCCAUUACUAUAAGGAAAUGGAGGGAACUGAUGUUCUGUCAAGGACCUAUGAGUCUAAUGAGGUACUAACACCACUUCAAAUUCCUUCACGUCCAACUGUCUCACAAGACAGAUAUGAGAAGUUCAGAGACUCCCUUCAGUGGUGCAGGCUUCCCUGGGGAACAGAGGGGACGCACUGGGGACCUGCCCUGCUUGUACUGCCAGAGGGACACGAGGCAAAGGACCAGCCUCCCGGGGCACUCAUUAAAGGCCAUCAACAUUACGGCAGUGCUGUAAACCCCUGGCCGAGAGGCCUUCCCAUUGAACAAUACUACUAUGUGACCCAGCUGAAGAAAAGUGAUGUGCGCAUGAACGAUGAGCUGCUUCAUAAGCCGCCAGGCAGUUUGGCUAGACCACUGUGGCUGCCCUUUCCCACCUCCCACCCCUACCAGACGCACAUCUCAAGGUAUGCCAUGUUUCCAAACUUCCGAUCUCCUGAGGAUCCAUACACUGGUGUUGAGGCAAGCCAUCGUCGGCCUCUGCAUCCCAAUAUCCCUGCCAAGGCUUUUGAUGUGGUUGUUCUGAGGAAGAUCAAAGGUAAUCCGUAUAGGCACGAGAUCGUCAGUAUUCCCUCUGACUCCGAGAAGGAGGCUCUGCAUUGGCCAGGACAGMACACGUACUUUCAUGUUCCUAAGUUUGCUGAGCAAAAGGGUCAAAGAUACUAUCCCAAACCACCAAAGACAGUAGCUCCUAAUUCCACUUUUGAAGAGCUAGGACACAACCUCUCUCCCAGAACAGCCAAUAUGCUACGAAACUGUGAAAGGGCUCAGUGGAUCACAACAUAUAGUCGAGACUUCACUGGCAGAGGUCCUAUGAAUCCCCUUAACCUGGAUGACUAUGACAUGAAGGCACUUGACAGAUUACUGCGAGAACUAGAAAACGUGGAACUUAAAGAAACAUUUCUGCCUUGCCCUUCCCAAGUGAGGCCUCUCCAGGGACGCACCGCACGUUUACUCCAAGGUCAACGGCCCCAUGCAUCAGCUGUGCAGGAACCGCACGCCUCCCACGGCCACGUGCCUCCACCUUUACACGCUGUCCAUCCCAUUUUGCCCAGCUACUCAGACACAGCGCUGAGGAAAUUAAAUGCAACCGCCAGUCCGCAGUGCAAAGUGACAGAAAACACAGCUCAGCAAUGGGAUGUGAGCCAAGGGCAGGCUCAUCUGUCUCAGGUAUGUUACCAGAGGGACGGCUACGUGGAUGCCAGGCCCGCAGCCAAUACAUUUCGCAAAGUCACUGACACGCAGCAAACAGAAGAAUUGUACAAGAGGCAACUUAUAGGAAGGCCUGAACUUGAAUCUGGAUGUUCCCUUUCCUAUAAAGAUUUGAAGCCUUGCCAUCUGGGACAAUAUAGAGAAUACAUAGUAUGGAACRACCCAGAUGACUAUCUACAUGUGCCCAGUCUACCACUGGCUGUGAAGAGCGAGAGAAGUGCAACUUCCAUGCGUGAGCUUUGGCAUCAGGAAGCGAGCCAGCCUCCCUGGACGUCAGAGGCCUGCACACGAAGCGCGGCGCUGCCCCAACGCAUCCCCAGCUACGAGGCUCCUCAGCAGCCGACCGCGUUGCUGCAGCUGCAGGAUUCCUUCUCCAAGUCRGCAGCACACAAACGUUUUCAUGAUUCUAUUAAAGGAGAGACAAAAGACCUCAGAGAUAAUGCUGCUGAGGGAAGGAGACACAAAUUCUAUGGUUUCAAUUCUUUUUAUUUCUACAACUGA